AUUUUGACAUUUCUAUCCAACCGUAUGGUUACGACAACUUGAAAUCUUACAUUGGCAAACGGCAAUCAUUGGUGGAAGGAUAUUUUAUUAAAAUUGAAAUAAAAUUGAGAUAUUUUUAUUCGCAUAAAUGUUGCAUUGAAAACAUCAUGUUUACAAGAGCUGUAGUCAAAAAUAUUCCAAGGAUUGGACAAAGAUUUCUUCAAACUGUGUCUACGAGCAAGUAUGAAUCGAAGACUGUUCACUUGGAACCGAUAACUCUUAAGCCACUCAACAUUGCAAACCUUUCGAAAUGCGAUGACAAAUUAUUCGAGUAUCAGUUCGCUGCUCUAAACAUAAACAAUGGCAAUAUCAUACCGCCAUCAAUUCAACCGCCCGCUCCAAAGCAGCGCAUCGACGAGCCCGGCAAGGAUGAACGCAAAAAUAUCGAUACGCCCGUCUCAAUCAUUGUGAAUGAAAUUAUCGAUAGAAUCAGCGAGAAUAAAGGUGACCUGGAUUGUCCGCCGUUGGAAGGUCAAAAUGAUUUUAUUGAAGCGGCUGUUAUGAUUGAAAUUCGUCGCUUGAAAAUGAAAAGACACAGAUACAGAAAGUUUCUUAAAAAAUUUAAGUUUGAAAUUGCCAAACGAAAAUUGGCUCGCCGAAAAAAGAACGAGAAAAUAUUUCAAGCUGAAUUGCUUGCAAAAAUUAAUGCAGCGGAGAAUUUUUCAGCGGAAAAGUAUGUGACCGAUAAACUCAGUAAGAUGAAACAUGUACCCAAACCAAAACCAGAGAUUGUGAGCAUCUUUUAACAUUUCACAUCUAGACGAAAAAUCUUGUUUAAACAUUAAUUUGAGCAUAGUCUACUAGUAAUAUUUCAAAUAAAAAAAAAAUUUGAUUACAAAAAAA